UAUCCUGUUUACUUGCAAGAAUUUCACAGUUUUACGACUUGAUGUGUUGUUGCUAGCAAGAUGUGUAAAAUACUCUAUAUUUUGAUUGUACUAUAUUGUCAUUUUCCGCAUUUUUACGUUACGUUAUCAUCAUCGUCAGAAAAAGAAUCUAUUCAUGAACUUAUUUUUGAUGAAAUAGGUGCUAUUAAACGGAAAGUAUGGGUAGAUAUGUCGGCUCAAAUUCGAGAUCUGGCUGGAAAGAUUAAUGGAUUGAUAUCAGCGGGAAAGACAUGUGAGUGCAAAUCGUUAGGGAAUAACAAUGUCUCGGAUCAAGGCAGCCUCGUGACACAUCAAGAUUAUGUCAGGCUAUUGAAAGGGUUCAACGAAGAAAAGUUUAUUACUAAGGCUACGGAACAUAGACUUGAAGACGCUCUUUUGAAAAUUUCAGAACUAGAAAAUGAACUCGGUAUAUAUAAACAGGAAACUGACAAUCUGAAGGUAGAGUUUGAUACGUCUUCAAACGAUCUCAGAAGAACAGCAGACGGUUUGGAUAAUGCUCAUUCCUCUAUCAUUGGCUUACAGUCUGCAGACAACGAACUUAGAAAGGGUAUAGACUCGGUUAAUAGUACUUGUUUUGAUUUACAUAACUUUAACACCGGCUUCCUUGGACCUUCAUUUGUAAGUGAAUGGAUGUUUAUGCGGGCUCACGACCAGGAAAAUGUUCAACGCGUUGUGCAACAUGGAUUAAGGGUAUUGCCGUUCAAAGUAGAAGUUCAAAUUCGACCAACAACAGGACCUAAUGCAGGUUGGAUAUUUCACGGAGAUCCAGCCUUCCAAAGUGAUGAUGACAACGGGGAAGUAUACGGGGGCAUUGUUUAUUUAUAUAACGAAACACAUGUCAUUCUUGUUGCACCAACUAAAAGUAACAAUCAAGAUGCAGGUGUUGUUGUAAACACCGGCAGCGCCAAUUUCCGUCGUAUUGGAAAUAAUCACCAAACAGCCACUGAAGCCUACGUGCGCGUUAAAGUUUGGGCUCCUUCAGAUUUUCCAAAGCCAGAUUUUAAAACAGAUUGGUUACCGCUAGAUGUCACAAACAGUUCUUUGUCAUACUAUGAACUGAAACACGGGUUAUCCGGAUACCCUCGGUUUAUCAAUGUACAAAUCCGCUGUCAUGCUGCAGAUUAUAGCGUGGUUUCUGAAGGUCUUGGCGCCACCAUGAUGCACCGGAAGUAUUCAAACGCAGGGGGUGUUGUUUAUGCCUUUAGUGACAAGGAUGUUCGUCUUUGGACGGGAUAUUUGGAGUCAACAUCAGGUAAUGGACAUUACAGACUAAUAGGGUAUAGCGAUGGCUGGGGUUCUGAUCCAAUAAAAGGUGUUAACAUACUGAAAGGCGAAUUCAGAAUCCUUUCAUGGAAUCGUAGCGUACCAAUGCACUAUGAUAUUGACACUGAGGUAAAAACCGAACGGAAUACACAUUUCUCGGAAUGGUCUGCCUAUGAACACAUUUCUUUUGAUAGUGACUUACUGACAUUCUAUGUCGAGGCAAUUGAUGGAGUUAACAAGGGAUACCGUUUCAGAGGCUACGGUAGUUCCCAGUCUAUUGAUUCACCAUUCGGCGGCGUUGUUUAUGCGUUUAAUGCUGGAGGUGAUUUUAGAAUCUGGCGUCCAAAUGCCAGCACUGAUGGUUACCUGAUACACGUUCAUUCACCAUAUGAAAACGGGAAACAUGUUCAAGCUUCAACAAACGGACAGUACGUGAGCACGUUGAUCAAGAAGUCGAGACCAGUGUCUAGACCUUAAAUAGAAUGUACUUAAAAUUGUUAAGCAUGUUCUAUACAGCGAACGUUCAUUCUCUUUUCAAUGAAUUACGCCAGAAGAACGAUUUGCAUUGACCAAUUUUGGCUUUUGUUCGAGGUUAUUAAUGAUGCAACAAAUUACUGUCUGCCUCUUUUCACAGUUCAUAUGAGAUAUGUGCUUUUGUAAUACCCAAGAAAUGUAUAUAGAGAAAAACUUCACUGAAUAUAUUCCUACACAUUAACAUUAACUCUUCAUUGUGCUUAAUUUAAACACGCCUUUGGUUUAUAUGUUACUUUUUUAUUUUAUUAUCCGCUGUACACGACUCAAAACUGUGAACCGCACUUGCCAAAACUAAACUUCAUAAACAAUGUACCAAUAAUAGGAUUAAGCAAUAUUAUUGUUACGAGACAUAAAUAAUUGGUAGUGUUCAGGACUAGACUCGUGUCUCUUCUUCAAAUUUGUCAGAUAAAGAAUGAUCACACCUUACCUCUGACAGUUGAUUGCUGUUUUUCUCUUUUAGUUACACUACUUUUUUAUGGACCUUUCCUACUUUAUUGUUGUGAACUCUAUUAUAGCUCUCAUGCACUUAUUGUUGAAGAAACGUAUUCCAGUUGUAGGCAUUAAUAAUUUUUAAUCACAAAACGAUAGGCCUAGAUCUUUUCCGGCUGAUACUAGUAUGUACAUUAAGUGUUAGCUUGUCCAGACAGUGCCCAAUUAUAUUAAUAUGCUAUGUUUUCAUGUCUAAGUAUGGUGUUAACUUGUCCAAAUGGUGUCUUAUUAUGUUUUCUAGGUAUGUUG